CCCAGUGCCCUGCCUGGCACCUACAAAGGCUUUGUGGGAAGCGGGGAGCCUUUCCUCACCUCUUACCUUAAGCCCCAAGCCCCAAGGAGCUACUUUCCCAGCCCCUUGGACACCUACAUGCCAAGGGCAGCUGGCACGCACCGGGCCGAAAGUCCCCGGCGGCGUGAGACGGCGAGACGCAACAGCGCUUUCCAACCUGUCUGUGCCCCAGAGAAGGUGUCCGGCGGCUCUGGUGGGACCGCGGAGACAACUCCCAAAGGAGAAGGGGGCUGGGUGAAGCCCAACCAAGGGGAGCAGGAGGCCCCUGACCCAGAGAAGAGGAGGGCCAGCCUGGCCCCCCAGGAGACCCGCAGCGGAGGACCCAUCAUUGUCACCUGCAAGGUCGAGGAUGCAGCCAAGGAUCUUGUCCCCCCUUCUCCUUCUGCCUCCUCCCCGGAGCGGCUGAAAGACCCGAGGGAUGGUGAGGGUUCUCCUUCCUCCCCACCCAUGCCGGUGAUCAACAAUGUCUUCAGCCUGGCACCUUACCGAGACUACCUGGAGGGGACUGAGAGCUCACCCCAGGUCCCCUUCUCCAGGCAGCAUCUGCAGGGUGACACUCCACCCCGAAUCACAGGGAGCAGCCGUGAGCCUGCUGCCCUCAGCACUACAGGCAGCAGCACGGUCCAGAGCCAAGGGGAAAGCUGUUAUGGAAAGGUCCCUGAAAAGCCAAAGCCUGUGCCCCAAGACUCAGGGUCUCAGGGGGGCAGCCCCAAUGAGGCAGGGAGCGGGAAGCCAGCCCCCAAAGAUGUCGUGUUGGACCUCAGCCUGAAGAAGAGACUGGUGAAAGCCAGGGAGACCCGGGUACCUGUCAGACUCAUGGAAGGGACACUGAAGGGGGAGAAUGCAGGGGAGAAGAAAGAGGGUCCAGGGGGGAAGGUGAGGGUGGGAGAGGGGCCCAAGCCCCAGGCACUGCCCUUGCUGCUUGAGGUGGCUUCUGGGGACAAGAGCAACUUCCAAAGCUCGGCCACCUUCAUGUUCAAAAAAUACAAGAUCCUGCGCUCCCUCCUACCAAGCACCGUGCCCCCCCAGCAGACUGGGGCUCGCCUGGACCCACAGCAGCCCCCCCUGCCUGAAACACCCCGCGCAGCGGGCGAGGACGUCUCGCUGCCCAGGCAGUGCGAGGCCCCUGCCCCGCAGACCUCCGCUGGACAGUAUUUCACCACCCUGCAUACCUCGCUCUGCGACCUUAUUUCGUGCUCGGUGUCCAGGUCCUCCCCGGAGCUCCUGCAGGAGUGGUUGAAGAAGGCAAAGCCGACCACGGAGCUUGGGGAGAUGCCCAAAUCCCCUCCUAAGCCCAAGAAUGGCUCCAAGAUCCCCGAACCUCAGAAGCCCACCAAGGGCAAGGAGAUCUGGCUGGCUUUCCAGGAUGUGGCCACUCUCCUCACCAACCUGCUGUCUCAGCUGGAGACCUUCAUGUUCGCUCGCAAGUGUCCUUUCCCUCACGUAGUCCGGGCAGGGGCCAUCUUCAUCCCCAUCCAUGUGGUGAAGGAGAAGCUCUUCCCCAAGCUCCCCGGGGCCUCCGUUGACCAAGUGCUGCAGGAGCACAAGGUGGAACUUCGCCCCACCACCCUCUCCGAAGAGAGGCACUUGAGGGAACUGGAGCUGAAGAGCUGCACCUCACGCAUGCUGAAGCUCCUGGCGCUCAAACAGCUCCCCGACAUCUAUCCGGACCUCUGGGUUUUCCCCAUGGCCUCUCCCAGGCAGAGCCAAGGGGUGGGACCACCAGACCCUAUGGAUGUUGCUGCCCCACAGCUGAAAAUUAUGAUCUGUGGUGAGAGGGAAGAAGCCCUGGCUGUGGCCACAGGUCCUGUUGCCCAUGUGGGUGCUGCUGCCAGUGGGCUGCAGUGCAGAGCCUUCCUGGUGCUGGCUAUCUGCCUGGCCACCACCAUUCUCCCGUACAGCCUGGGGACUCUGGCUCUUCUGCCCUGGGCCCCGCCAGGCUCCCUGCAUGCUCCCCUUUCUCCUCUGGACUCACCAGCCUCCCAGGAAGGGAUAGGUGACAAUUUGGUGGCAACACAUGGGGACCCACUCAACAAACCAGCAAUGCAGCAGUGUGGGAAGGUGCUGAUGGGCUCUGUGGGUGCUCCAGGCUGCUUCCCAGGGGCUGAAGAAGACAUGACCCCUGCUGCAGAAGAGGCCUUCACUCCAGCUGAGCUGAUGACAACGGACAAACUUGGGUCCCCAGGGGUGAAGCACGUGCUGCCCUUGCAGUUCCGGCUGUUGGGUAUUGCUUACACCGAGGCUCUGAGUAGCAAGUCCUCAAGCAGCUACAGGGAGCUGGAGGAAGAAGUGAUGCUGAUGCUAAACCAAAUGCUGUCCACCUAUGAGGCCUUUCUGCAGGCAAACGUCCUCGAGUUCAUGAAUGGCUCGGUGGUUGUGCGAGGGGAGGCUCUGUUCCGGGGGAAUGCUGCUGCUCCCACCAACUCCCACCUCAUCCGGACGAUCAUCACAGAGGCGAGCAAGGGAAGGAGCAUCUUUAGCUGGCAACUGGAGCCACAGUCUGUCCAAUCCAGUGGUUUCAGCCUGGAGAACCUGGACCCAGAGAAGCUGUCCAUCUCUCUCACCAUGCUCCAGCUUGGGAGGAACAGGACAGACAGUGUGGAGAGGCUGAGCAGUGAGGUGGUUCAGUCUCUCAGUGCCCUCUACCAUGUGAGGAACUUCACUGUUUCCCAGCUCAGAAACCACAGUGGGAACCUGGAGAUCACUGGAGACAUCUAUCUCGACACAAUUGUCCAUGUGGAUGUUGCAGGAGUUCUUCAAGCCUUGACAGCUCUUGCCACCUGCUCUGUGGACCUGACCUCCCUCUUGGUGGAAGGAGCCAGGCUUCCCCUGCAGGUUUACCCAGUCUCCUUCCUCAUCACCAACAGGCACUUCAGCAAUGACCUUCUGGAUCCACUGGCUGUAGAGCACCAGGAGCUCACCAGAGACCUUGGUGAUGCGGAUGCUCUGGAGCCCCCCGUGUCAGAACCAGGCCUUCCUGAGUACAGCGUGGUCAUCAUGGUCAUGUGUGGCCUCUGCAUCAUUACUGCUCCCAUCAUCUUGCUGGUGGGCCCUGAGGAUGCUCAUAUGCACUGGCAAAAUGAGACUGCCCAAUGA